AUGGCAGCCCGCCUCCGCAUCCCCACGCUCGCGCUGGCCGCCCUCUCCAUCGGCCUCAACGUCGCCAUCCUAGGCUGCGCCGGCCGCACCCUCAACGUCUUCAUGCAAGAACGCUACACGAGCACGUGGUUCAUGCCCGUGUGGUCCUCGCACUUCGACACCCGCGAACUCUGGGCGUUGAUAGGCACAUCCGCCGCAGUCCUCGUGCUCAAUCUCAUCCUCACGGCGGGGUUGUUCGCUGGAUCGUUACCAGCCAACCUCCUCAUCCUCACCUCCAGCUCCCUGAGCUCCGCCGUCUCCCUCAUCGCCAUCAUCUUCUCCUCCGUGCUGAACAACCAAGCCCCCAACAGCGACACUCUGCAAACGUGGACGUGUCGCUGGCGGGAUGUCGCCGACGAAGGCGUGCCGAGGAAUUAUGAUACGCUUUGCCAUGAGACUCGCUUCGCAUACUACACCACCAUCCCCUCCCUCAUCCUCCAACUCCUCCUGCUCGGCCUCGCGCUCUACACCUUCUUCGUCGCGGGCCGCAAGGCGCGGGGUUUGAGACUCGAGGGGGAGAAGGAUCAUGAACUCGGGGAUGUGAGGCAAUUGAGCGUGGAGACGAAGAUGGAGAGUCCGAAGAGUGGGACGGACAGUUUGGGGAUUGUGGCGGGGGGUGGGAGGGGGAAGUUUUCUUAA